AAGGAAGAUGCAGGGAAGUGUGCGAGAUGUCGCGUUACCCGCGGAAAGACAGGAGCCUUCCCUCGGUUAACACAGCAGCCAAAGAAGUGGUGAGUGGAAGAAAGAGAAGAAUUGGUAGAUUGGUUAUACAAGAAAGCAUAGGCUGGACAAAAGGGAGGUACAGUAGAAUACUGUAAUAGUUUGGGAAUGUGCAAAUCGAGGGAGGAGGAAUUGGAAUGUUGGAGUGUCGAGGCGCGAGCAGGAACAGGGUGGAGUGCGUCAGCAAGGGGCUAAUCUGACGAGAAGCUGGGCCAAGAGCAAUCUCAGUUUUCGAGGGGAUAACGAGAAGGGAGAAGAAGGAGAGAGAGGUGGACGUGUAAAUAGGAGGCGACUCAGUAGGACCAUUGCUUUUCGCUUGUAUGUUUUCCUUCUAUAUUGCAAUUUGCUCUAAUCCUACUGGAGUCUAGGAGUGCGGGAAUUCGAUCUUAAGUAGAUCCGAGUAGGCGGCGGGCGGCUUGUAACAUACAAGCGAAAAGGGCGACCGCGCGACCGCUGAGGAUAAUGGUUCACUAGCGGUGUGACGAAGACAAGCUGCGGGCUGAGGAGGGGCGGACCGCAGGCAGUGAUGAGUCGAGAGACGAGUCCCGAGGGACAUCGCCUCAGAUCGGGAAUCAGAUACCCAUCGAGGAACGUGCAGGAGGAGGUGCAGCCUCCUCUGCGCCCGGUGUAUCGCGCAGGGCCCCAUGAGCCCGAGAGACAUGAAGCGUUGGCUUCAGCGGCUACUAGCGAAAAAGGUGGAGAGGACGUCGGAUCGCCAGAUCCGCGGAGUCGUGGAGGUUCGGGUAUGAGUUCGCGAGGAGGAACGCCAGUACGCGUAGAAAGAUCGCAGGAGCGAGCAGAGAUGGAAAAAGGGAAAGAGCAGCCAAGAGAGCGCGGGACUAGAUCCCUAGAAGAUCGAGCGGCUGGAGGCUACUCUGCAAGAGAAGGAGGAAGGGCGAAUUCGUGGGAAGCGGACGGUCGACAGUCGCGAGUGUACCGAAGAUAGAAGUGCCCGAGCGAUUUUCAGGCGUGCCGGGGGAAGAACCAUCGUUGAAGAAUUACAUCAUGUUGAUAGAUGAUAUCCGCUAUUGCUGGGAUCGAGAGGGGCUAGAUCCAGUAGAAUUCUUUCGAGGACUAGGAAAGACACUCCGAGGAGAGGCGCAGACGCACUAUCGAGUAGAGAGGGCAAGGCUGCUGCGAGAGUAUGAGCAGGGAGAACUUCCGCCCCGCAAGAUCGUAGAUCGGUUCUACGAGAUUAUGAAAGAGCAGUUUCCUGGCGACACGGCCGAUCGUGUAGCUGAAUUUAGUGAGUUCCGUAGAGGGAAGGGCGAAUCACUGCUGGCAUAUUAUAACCGUUUAGUAGAGCUAUCUGAAGAUCUUAACUGCCUGGAGGACCGUCUUAUGGUGACGAAAUUCUUAGGAGGAUUGGAAGAAGAUUUAGUCAACGAGAUGAGGAGUGCGCUGUAUCCUAUUCGGGCCAAGGCCACGCUGAGGCAGGUAUAUCAGAUCGCCAAAGAAGCUGAGGAAGGGAGACGCUAUAAGUACGGCGACUGGAAGAAGAGAGGAGGGAGAGGCCGAGAGACGAUCUGCGCUGUCACAAGUGUGGGGAGGUGGGCCACCUGCGCAAGGAUUGCGUGAUGGGUAUCACGUGCGACCACUGCGGGCAGAUGGGCCACUUCAGGAGGAACUGCCCCAGAGCUCCCACCUGCAACGAAUGUGGAAAGAAGGGACAUCUUAGCACCUAGUGCUACAGGAGUGGAGGACAGAGGGGGAAAUCGUUGCGAGAACAAGAGCUGGAGCAGGAGGUGAAGAAACUGAGAGCGCAACUGGGAAAAGCGGAAACCAGCGAAGAUCCGGAGAAAGCGAUGAUGGCGUGGGAGGACGAAGAUGGAGAUGAGGAAGAAGAUCAGGAGUCCGAGUAUGCGCUGGUGGCGACACUACCCCAAGAAAGAGAAGAUCUGGGACUGCGGAGCGGUGGGAUGGAUGGGAGGAAAGAGCAUAAGGCGAGGACACGCAGCAGGAAGAUAGGAAAGGAAGAGGAAGAAGUAAGGGAGCGGGCCAAUUGCAUCCGGAGGACAGGCUGGUGUGCCACACGACCGCUUUACUGGCGGAAGCCGGCUCCAUAGCCGUACAAGGUGUGAAGGUAGAGAAUGCCAUCAUCGAUACAGGAGCGCAGAGUGUACUGAUGGGAGGAAACUAGCGGAGUGCUUACAGAAGCAAGGGAAGCUGGAGACGGUGAGCAAGGGAAUGCUAAUCAUCACGGCGGAGGGCGGGCCACCAAAGUGGAUGCCAAGCACGAAGGAGCCGGUGGAGGUGGUGCUGCUGCCAGGACAGAAGGGGGAGACACGGAUUCGAGUGCAAUGCGGGCUGUCCGAGUCCGAAGACUAUGACUUGCUGGUGGGGAUGGAGCUGAUUUACAAGAUAGGGGCGCAAAUUGAUGCAUGGGGAGAGAAGCUGAGCUUCAGAACCGAAUACUGGAGAGAAGGCGGAGAACAGGGAGAGUUGCCGGUGCGGUUUGUGAAGAUGGAGCCAAAGAAGGCCCUGAGAGCCACGGAGUCACUACAAAAGGCAAAGGAGGAGAAAAUGGCAGGGGGCAAGAAAGCGGCAGAGAAAGACAGGAUGGAAUCACUCAGGCAGCCGAAGGGAGCAACACUGGGAGAGAAGCCGAUUACGAUAGUGGAGCUUUUUGGAGGAAUUGGAGCGGGGUUGGCAGCGGCGCUAGAAGCCGGAUUGGUCGUGCAAAAGUGGAUACUAGUGGAGAUAGACCCAAAGGCCCGGCGCAUGGCCUGGCAUCAUGCAGACCAAUUGCCGAUGAGAUACCCGGGGCAAAUAAGUAAGGCCGUGAUUGAGGAGGCGAAAAAGGAAGGAGCGUGGGACAUAAGACAGUUGAACGAAGCAACCGUAUGGGGAUGGGGUCAAGUGGACCUGGUAGUGGCGGGCUGGGAGUGCCAAGGCACCUCGAGAGCCGGAAAAGGGCGAGGAAUGGGAGAUGCUCGCACGGCGUUACUGGAUGAACUCCUGCAAGUGCUGAAGUGGAUCCAGGAAGGGGGAUCGAGAUGCUGCUAUGUGGUGGAACACGUCGACAUGGAAGGGGACCCGCGAGAACCAAUAAGGGCAACUCAGGAGAAGGUGGUAGCGGAGCUGGGGGCAGGCGUAAGUUGGGAUGCAGCACUGAACAACUGUAGUGCAACAAGCUGGGCGAGCCGAGAAGGGCCUGGCCCACCUUAGUGGCCUACGAGGGAGCACGUGGGUUCGUGCUGGAAGACGGCAAGCCAGGUCCAGGGAUGGUCUAUGACCGAGAGAGAGGGCAGUGGGAGGAGCCGACAGCAAUUGAGCGAGAGUUAGCUAUGGGAUACUUACCGGGGGCAACUGCAGCACGAGGGGUGAGGGAGCAAGAGCUCAGAGCCGCCCUGGGAAGAGCAAUGGAUCAACAUGCCUUACAGUGGCUGCUGAAGGAAAUGAUACAGCAGCGACACGAACGAGAGCCGAGCCGACGGCCAGCGGAAGGGGGAAGUAAGCCGAUCAAACCAAGCUGGGCUUACCUGACGCAAGCAGAAAAGCAGGGCGAGGCGAUGGACAAAAAAAGGGGGAGGAGCCAACGAAGGAGAAGGAGAAAAAGUGGGAAUUGAGCCCGGACCUUGACAGCAAGGUAGCAGCAGCGAUACAGCAAAGUCUUAGAAAAUCAUCGCAAGACAUUCGCCUACACCUUGCACGACCUGGGAAAGUGUACGCUGCAAGAGCUGGAGCUACUGCUGGAGACCGAGGUGCCCAUCUA